AUGGCUCCCGGCACGGAGACUGUCCACUACAUCCACCUGCACAAUUCCAGCCAGUCUGUGCUGGAGGCCUUGCGUACCCAAAGACGCGAGGGCCUCUUUUGUGACGUGACGGUGCGCAUCCAUGAUGCCUCGUUGCGGGCCCACGCGUGCGUCCUGGCUGCUGGAAGCCCAUUCUUCCAGGAUAAGCUGCUUCUGGGACACUCUGAGAUUUCAGUGCCACCCCUGGUACCCGCUGAAACCGUCAAGCAGCUGGUGGAUUUCAUGUACAGUGGCUCGCUGGUGGUGCUUCAGUCACAGGCGCUCUGCAUUCUCACUGCCGCCAGCAUCCUGCAGAUCAAGACAGUCAUUGACGAGUGCACGCAGAUCAUCUCUCAGAGGAAGGCGGCUAGCGCAGCUGCUGCUGCUGCUGCUGCGGCAGCAGCAGCUGGAGGAGGAAUGCUGGGCGGCGUCCUCCCCAAGCAAGAGGAGCGCGGCAGUGGGGGGAAAGGAAGAGAGAGCAGUGGAAGCUGUUCGGGUGGCAGCAGCGGAGGAUACCCGAACUUCCCCAACUUCAUGGUGGAGUGUGGUGCCAGUAACAUGGGUGGUGAGAGCGGGCCCAGGGUUCCUACUCAAGAACCGUGCGGGCCCUUGGAGCAGGCCAACAGUCUGAUGGCGCUAGGGGACAUGGGCCAGGCGACCUUGUGCGGCAGUGAGGGUUUGGGCGGCAGCCUCAUGAAGCAGAGCCCCAGCUGCACACAGGACGUCCGCUACAAGCUGCGUGACCUACUGGCCCAGACGGCAGACAACCAGGUUGCCGGCCAAGCAGGCAGCCUGUCUGCAAGCUGCAGCUCGGGUGUGGGGAGUGUAGACAGCGUCGGUAGAGACAGUCUCCGUGGCAAUGCCACCGACCUCUCUGAUGACUUGGUGGGCAUUGAGCACUUCAGUGAGGAGGAGGAUUUGGACGGCAGGGAGCGUGGCAGAGACGGAGACCGAGACAGGGGAGCCAACCACAGCCGCAAGCAAAGGCAGCCACUCAGACUCCAGGUAAACGGAAGCGAGGGUGUGGUAGUGAAGGACGAAGGCGUGCAGGAUGCCGAUGGGACGGCCUUUGCCCUGGAGGACGGCAGGCGGGAUGUAGCGCAGGGUGGAACCCAGGGAGCAAUGGCGGGAUUUGGACAGGACUUUUAUGAUGAGCAGGGCGUCUUCACUGAGAGUUUCUGGCCGCAGAGCGAACCUCCUCAGCCCAUGGCGUUUAAUCCCAGAGGACGGGUCAGCAAGCCCCUGACUCCGCCCCCAACUUCACAGUCCAUCAACAAUCAGCUUCUUUUCCAGUACCCAGUAAGCCAAUCCCAGCCGCCGCCAUUCUACAUGGGAGGGAUGGACACUAUGGCGGGGGCGGAACCCAGCCAACAGGCGCCGCCCCCAACCCCCAUGACACCGGUGCCACCGCCUGCCACCAACACGCCAGCUGCCUGCUCUUCAGGCCCAUCGCCUUCCUCCCAAGGAUCCGAGACCUCCUUUGACUGCACACACUGUGGCAAAUCUUUACGUUCCAGGAAGAACUACAGCAAGCACAUGUUCAUCCACUCUGGCCAGAAACCUCACCAGUGCUCCAUCUGCUGGCGCUCCUUCUCCCUGCGUGACUACCUCCUCAAGCACAUGGUGGUGCACACGGGUGUGCGGGCCUUCCAGUGUUCCAUGUGUGGCAAACGCUUCACGCAGAAGAGCUCACUCAACGUGCACAUGCGCACGCACCGUGCCGAGCGCACCUUCCAGUGCAACGUGUGCCACCGGGCCUUCACUCAUCGCACCUUGCUGGAGCGCCACGCCCUGCAGCACGCGCCCCAAGCCCCGCCAGGGCGCGGCGCCGAAAUGACCUCUCCCACCAAGCACAGCCCUCCCGCAAUGGGGGGGCCCUCAGGUAUGGCUGGAGCGGCCAGCAUGGUCGGUGGCAUGGCCAACAUGCCAGGCCACAGCGCUGCGUCCAAUUAG